CCUCCCGAAAUCAGUUCAUCUUUUCCGCAGCUCCGCUAUUUCCGUUCUCUUCAGAAGGCCAGGAAAACACAGGGAACAAACUGACUGGGGAUAUGCUAGAUGUGUGAAAGAGUCUGAAAGUCUAAUCGUAGGCUAUUGAUUAGGUCUAACUGGGGACAUUAUUUUCUGGAUUAAUCCUUGGAUACGUUCGAUGUUUUGUUCAUGAAGACGAACGCGACGGAUACAAGGAGACUUGCAACUUGUGAAAAGUUGCGCUUUGGAUAAUCACUCAUCCUGAAUAAACGCGCUAGGCUACAGUAAAACACUGCAUUAAGGAUGGCACCGGGCUGUUUGUGUUGUGUGAAAUACAUGAUGUUCCUUUUCAAUCUGUUGUUCUGGUUGUGUGGCUGUGGUCUGUUGGGUGUGGGUGUGUGGUUGUCAGUUGCCCAGGGCAACUUUGCCACCUUCUCCCCAUCCUUCCCCUCCCUCUCUGCUGCCAACCUCAUCAUCACCUUGGGCACCGUCGUCAUGCUAACAGGCUUUCUGGGUUGCCUGGGUGCUGUCAAGGAAAACAAGUGUUUGCUGCUAAGUUUUUUCAUAGUUCUGUUGAUCAUUCUGCUGGUUGAACUGAUUCUACUGGUCCUGUUCUUUGUAUAUACUGAUCAGGUGAGUGAAAAUGCCAAACAGGACCUGAAAGAUGGCCUCCGACUCUAUGACACGCAGGACAAUAUCGGACUGCGUAAUGCAUGGAACAUCAUCCAGAGGGAGUGGCACUGCUGUGGGGUCAGUGGGUACACGGACUGGUACGAUGCCCUGAAGGAGAGGAGAGUGCCUGACCGCUGCUGCAAGAACCACUUCCUGGAUUGUGGCCGCAACUCCUCCAGCUCCAGCCUGUGGUCUCAGGGCUGCUAUGAGAGAGUGGAGGAAUGGCUAGAUGACAACAAACACUUGCUUGGAACCAUUGUCAUGGGUGUGCUGGUUAUACAGCUGCUGGGACUGGCCUUCUCCAUGACACUUUACCAGCAGAUCCACCGUGCUGGAAAGAAAUACAGUGCCUAGAAAUACCAUGUUUCACUCUAUGAAACUACAUUUCCCAGAGUUCCACAUUCCACUGACAGUGACACUCCCCUGCCAUUUGUUGGCAAUAUAAUCAUUUGAGUGGACAUGUGGGAUUUUCUGCUAUUUGAACCAGCAAGAACACGUGUGUGUGUGUGUGUGUAUGUUUGCGUGCGUGUGUGAUUGUGUGUGUCUCAUCAGAGACUGAGUUAGUAUCAUGUGCGUGCCGUGCUGCACCAAAAGUGUUCCCUUAAAUGUUUUGUAUCAUUAUACUGUACAACUGUAAAACUUUUUGUGUGUUUAAAUACAACUGGCUGUUUAUUUUA